AUGCCCCUCACCGCCCGCAGAAUUCUGCCGGUUACAGUAUUGAUCUUCAAGAUAGGAUGCUAUCAUCACAACCACCACUCUUCGUAUGGGCAAUUCAAAGAUGCCUCCAUAAAGGAGACCCAUUCUGCCAGGAUGAACAAGGGGAACAUGUCAAUCAGAAAGCUAUUGGGGCGUCCAGUUGCAGCAACCCCAAGCGAAAGUAUCGACUCGAGCACCAUCGACUCGCCCCAACUUCGACCAAGCGCAUCGCAAAAUACCACCUUCUCUGCGGGAGCUCCCAUUGCUUGCCUGGACCGAUCUGUAGAUGGGAAAAGAGCUGUUAUAGCAGGGCCAAAGGUUUUCAAGAUCCUAAAGGUGGAGGGCUCUACAAUCACGGAGGAGCUCGACCUUCGCGCCAUCAUUACCAGCUAUGCGCCAGCCCACGAUCCAACUGCUGCGACACAAGACCAGCUCAAUAUCAAAGCCGUCAAAUGGUCGCAUAGCGCUCUGGAUACUACGAUUGUAACGGCUUGUGGGAAUGGGAGGAUUACCGUCUAUGACUUGAAUCGCGUUGCGGAGGGUCUGGAGGUUGGACGGAUACAAGAGCACACCCGGCAGGUCCAUAAAUUGGCUAUAAACCCAUUCAGAUGCGAAUGGCUUCUCUCAGCAAGUCAGGAUGGAACGGUUAAGUGGUUCGAUAUCAGCAAGCCUAUACCCGGUCCAAGGGGUCCGACGUUUAAAACCAUAGCUUCAUUCAAGUGCAAUGCGGAAGCAGUACGGGAUGUCAAAUGGUCGCCCACAACUGGGACGGAAUUUGCAUGCUGCACGGAUUCUGGCAUGAUCCAGAAAUGGAAUAUAUCGAGAAACAGCUCUCCCUAUUUGAAGUUUGCAGCUCAUUCACACACUUUCUCCAUUGCUUGGCACCCAGAUGGAGAUCAUCUGAUUAGUAGUGGUAUGGACCAACUUUGUCACGUAUGGGACAUGAAAUCCGACAGUAAACAGAAGCCACGAUAUACAUUUGCGACGGCAGCUCUGGUAUCUAAUAUUUCUUGGCGACCAGCUUGUUGGUCUGCCACGGCGCAAGGAAAUAGAGCUGCACAAGUCACAGUCGCGUAUGAUGACUCAAGUACCACAAGAUAUCAAACUUCAGCGGUGCAAAUAUGGGAUCUUGCAAGACCGUCUCUGCCAUUCAAGGAGAUCGAACAGUGGAAUUCUUCACCUACCGGACUUCUUUGGAAUACCCGCGAUUUGUUGUGGAGUGUCGAUAGAGAAGGCAACUUCACUCAAACUGAUGUUGCAUUUGUCCCGAAAGUUAUUGAUCGCCGAGCUCUUUCGACCUUUGCUUUUUCCCCGACAGGAACUGUCCUCAUGUUUCUUGAGGAAAGACCCAUUCCCAGACGGCGUUCUCGUCCAUCGAUAACAUCACCAGAAGUUUCACCGAGCUUUCAACAUGUUUCUAAUACACCUCAGUUUAGCGUCAGCAGAAGUGAUUCAGAAGAGGAUGUUGUAGGCAGUUUCUUGGGUCCCAGGCGACCGAAAGGCCACCGAAGAAAGAACAGCGGGCGCUCUACUCAGUCCCUAAGCACAACUCCUCCUAAUGUUACUGGUAUGGUCGAUAAUAAUAUCAUGUCGUUGGAGGAAGCAGUCUUGGUUACAGGGCUUUACAAACCCCAGCAAGUCAUGGCGAUUGGUCAUGCACCUUCCACUGCGAAGCGUCAAACCUAUCAAUAUUAUACAAACCGCUAUUUAUUGCGGAUGGUAAAUCACAAUUCCUUUGAUUUUGGUCCAACCAAUGUCCGGACAGCUUUGAUCCUGGAAUCCUUCGGACGGACGGCCGAGCAAGUUGGUCAUUACCGUCUAGCUCAGACAUGGCGACUCCUUGGAUAUACUAUGAACCUUCUCCUAACUAGACGUGCUGAAUAUCAUCGCAAAACUCGGCUAGCGAUUCCAGAACCUCAACCAAAGGAUAAGUCGAAAGGAGACACACGAGACUUUGACUUGGGAACAGAUGGCGGCGGCGAUACCCCUCGAAAGCCACUCCGAAGUUUAACACCACAUGAAAGUCCACGCCACCGACCAAGAAAGUCAAUUAGCUCAGAAGAUAUAGAGAGCACAUCAAAUGUUGCCACUCCUCUUGUGCGUCCUAUGCGCGACAGUGUUGCUAAAGAGACGCGAGAAGCCAUGCAUAGUUUAAGAACGGUGGAGGAGGAUAUCCUAAAGCUUCCGGAACCGGUCCAUUCACCUUCAACAAGUCCUAGUCCUAUACCUGUGCCUGGAGCCCCUCACUCUGAUGAACACAGAACAUCAAGUAUUGAAGGGAAACAGCCUCUUCGACUCGACUAUACGAAACGAGAUUCGCCACCUCAGAGGAUAGAACCAAAGCGACAUGAUUCUGCAGAGAGCUUUCAAAUGUUUUCAACGUCUGGCGAAUCUCAUCAAGCAAAGUUUCUGAGUUCUUCAAGUAGUGAUAAUGGGCAGUCCUUACGAGAUCGAGUGUCCGACUGGGAGAAUAGUUUCUCAAACAACGGAAGAUACCAUCCGAGUGUCGAUUCCGAAGUCCCCAUGCAGUCAGAAAGUUUAGGUGGGAACUAUGUCACGGAUUCACAAGCAUCAAGCAUCCAAGCUCAGAACGGAAUCUCUUUCAACCCAGCUUUCCCUCCCGUAUUUCGCAUCCAGGAAGCUUCAGUGCCGUCUACAAACAAUAACGAGGCAAUUCAAUCUGAAGAGAAGCAACCCAACAUUCCUCAAUUGGAAGAGAAAGUGUCCGAAGACCCAAACAUAAUCGAAAGCGACUUCCUCCCUUGGCCGAGAGACCCCGGUUUUACAAUCUCUCCAAUAAAUCCCACUGUUCUCGUCAAGCGCGCCAUUAGCUUUGAAACACAGACUGGUGCCCUGAAUGCCGCAGCUAUGAUACUCCUUCUUCGCCCUCUUCUCCCCGCUUCCGCAAUAGAUAACAUCCAGGCCAACGCUAUAAUAAUCCAAUACCACCAUCGCCUCACAACGCUGAAACUAUUCACCGAAGCUGCUCUCCUCCGCAACCUCGGCGUUCCGACCUACCCGUCAGUCUUCGGGCCAGCUCAAGAUAACAUCUCUGUUGGCUACUUUUGCACUGACUGCAACAAGCCCCUCGAUCCAGACCCCCUAAUUCCCAACUCCGUCUGGCGCUGUCCCCGCUGUCAGCAAUCAAUGGACGCCUGCGCUAUAUGUCGCCAGCGAGAACUCGACACAGACCUACGCGACGAGUACGAGGCUGACGGUGUUGUCCUCGAAGCCGGCGCAGUAUGGUUUUUAUGUCCUGGCUGCGGUCACGGUGGACACAGCGCUUGCAUGCAAGCCUGGCACUCCGGGCCGCAGUUUCAUGAAGGCGAGAAGUAUUCUGGGGGUUGUUGUCCGCUGGAAGGGUGUCUGCAUCCUUGUUUACCUGGCGCGUGGCGGCAACAGAGGUGGGAGGAGAAGCAGGCGGUCAAGCAGAGAGAAGUGGAUAGCUUGGUUCGGAGUGGGAGGGCGAUGGGUCCGAGGAGUGUGAGGAGAGAUCAGAGGGAGGUUAAUCAGAGUAAGGCGGUGGAGGGCGUGAGGGUUGCGCUGGGGGGUUGGGGCGGGGGCAGGGUUGGCGAGGCAGAAGAGUGUUAA